AUGAUACUCAGCUUUCUCAGAUCCAUCAUUCCCUUGAUUUUGAUAUUGGCAAGCAUAAGCAAUGUAUAUGCCUUUUUAAACAAUAUCACCGAUCACCAAGCUUUACUUUCUGUAAAGGCUUCCAUAACAGCUGAAUCGUUGGGUGUGCUGAGGUCAUGGAAUGAUUCCAUCCACUUCUGUAGCUGGAAUGGCAUUACAUGCAGUCGCAGACGCCAAAGGGUGACAACACUAAACCUCUCCUUUCAACACUUGGUGGGCACAUUGUCUCCUCAUAUUGGAAAUCUCUCCUUUCUCAGGAGAAUUGAUCUCUAUCAAAACAACUUUCAUGGAUCAGUCCCAACUGAAAUCAGCCGAUUGUUUCGCCUACAACAUCUAAAUUUGGGAUCAAAUUCUUUUGAAGGUGGAUUUCCUACCAAUUUAAGUCAUUGUGUUGAUAUCAGAUACAUCAAUAUGUAUGCCAACCAUCUACAAGGUAAAAUACCUACUAAGUUUGCUUCUUGGCAUAAGCUUGAUUUUUUUGCUCUUUCAACAAACCAUUUUAUUGGAUCAAUUCCACCUUCAAUAGGGAAUACAUCUUCUCUUCGUGUUCUUUAUCUAGAUCAUAACUAUUUAGCCGGGGGGAUACCUUUGGAAGUUGCUCAUCUCGCCAAGUUAGGGGAUCUUGAUUUGUCUGUAAACCUUUUGUCGGGUAUGGUUCCCCUACCACUUUUCAACAUUUCUUCCCUCCAUAGUAUUAGCCUAACCGAGAAUGAGGUAGAAGGAAUGCUUCCAGCAGAUUUGUGCUUCACCCUUCCUAAGGCUAAAAGAAUUUUACAUUGGUGA